AUGCGUGCUGGUGACUGCCGAACACUCAAAAAAAUGGAUGUGCGAUGCUCAAUAUUUAAACUUCUACUAUUUCAAUUAGUGGUCUUACUGUGCAACGCGAAACAUAUACCGAUGAAUAUGCCCAGAGUGGAAAUUAUUGGUGACAUCGAGCAAAGUAUACAGGAGAACCUACGAUCCGGUAUCUACUCGCACCAACACCUGGAUACGUCGCAAGUACAAUUUGUAACACCAGUAAAGGUGACUCGAGACGGCGAGCUGGUCUCGCACGAGCUCGAACACGCGCAUGCGCAUGGACAUGCGCGCGCCCGCCGCGACUUGCACGCAACGGAGCAUGAACUGCCUUAUGCGGUGCAUUACAACCUCACAGUUGACGGACGAGACCUAAGACUAGAUUUAAGGCCGUCCGUGACGUUCAUAACGCCAGCGUUGGUGAUAGAGAGGCAUAGCGCGCGCGGGCGCACGCGAGAACGGCCGCAGGAAUCGGCCACCUCAUGCCACUACACCGGCUCCGUCAGGGGUCAACCUAGGUCCAACAUUGCCAUCUCAGCGUGCGAUGGACUUGCCGGGCUAUUACGAACGGAGCACGGAGAAUACUGGAUUGAACCUUCAAAUGAAGUUCCCGACGAUAGUUCUUUAGGACGUCCUCACGUCAUUUUCAAGAGAUCCGCCGUUGAUAAAGUCCAGGCAUUCCAUAGAAAAAAGAGAGAAAUAGACAGUAAAACUAAAGCAUUUAUACAAACGAAUAAAUAUAACAACGAAAGGUUUAAUUCAGAACGUGGUUUGAAACGAAAUAAUAGAAAAAGUCAAGAGGCUAUGGAUCAUAGAAGAUUAGUAUAUUUAGAAGAAAGACGAAAGAGAUUAGAAGCCAUGAGACGAGACCCUGCCGCAUUUAGAAGAAAUCAAACAAAGUUAAGAAUGGAGAAAAGAAGGUUUCAAUCAUCAUCAGAGUCUAGAUCAUCUAAAAGUGUAUCAAUAGAAAAUAGUAAUUCAUUAGAACAGGCGUUAAGAAACAAAACACAUCAUAAACCUAGAUAUGAACAGAGACUACGACGUAUUCGACCGAGGCGGAGAAGGAAGAGAUCAAAGAACUGUGCUACGAAGCAACCUCCUUAUCAAUGGAAAACGAAGAACUACGAAAGUCAUCAUGAACAUGAGGAUCUAUAUAAAUCUAGAUAUAAUAAGAAACAUAAUCGACCUCAGCAUAAGCCCACGAACAGACAUUAUUACGAAGCAUCACGACGCUCUACGCGAUCAGUUAGUAAGCCUCGACAUGUUGAAGUGUUACUUGUUGCCGACAAGUCUAUGACCGAUUUCCACGAUCAAAGCAACUUGCAAACUUACCUACUGACAAUUAUGAACAUGGUAUCGUCGUUGUACAUGGAUCCUUCCAUUGGGAAUUACAUCAAGGUUGUGGUGGUGAAAAUUAUUACUGUGGAAGAAAUAGACGCGGCCCCCGAACUAGCGGUGUCUACAAACGCAGAUGCAACCCUCGCGUCCUUCUGCCGCUGGCAGCAUCAGUUGAACCCUGACGACGACAACGAUCCUCAUCAUCAUGAUGUUGCGAUCCUUGUAACCAGGGAAGACAUUUGCAGUCAGCACGACACUCCUUGUAGCACGCUGGGCGUGGCGCACGUGGCCGGUAUGUGCAAGCCGGACCGGAGCUGUUCCGUCAACGAGGACAACGGCAUCAUGCUGGCUCACACCAUCACCCACGAACUUGGACACAACUUCGGCUUAUACCACGAUACUGAAAAAAUCGGCUGUCAAAGACGUGAAGGCGCGACGUUGCAUAUCAUGACGCCAAUCUUUGAAGCAGACACAGUCCAAGUCGCAUGGUCACGUUGCAGCAAGCGAGAUGUGACAAACUUUUUAGAUGCUGGCCUAGGCGAAUGUUUAAGUGACAAACCGUCACAAGAAGAACCCUACGUAUAUCCCGAAGUACCAGCUGGAGUAACAUUCGAUGCAGCGUCUCAGUGUCAUCUACAGUUCGGAGCGGAAGCAGUAGUUUGCGCCAAGCCAACGGAACUCUGCGAACAUCUGUGGUGUCUCGUUAACAACACGUGCAAGACCAUGUUGAGGCCCGCUGCGCCCGGAACUACUUGCGGAGAAAAUAUGUGGUGUCAGAAUCAAACAUGUGUAGCUCGGACCCCGUCUCCCGUUCCUCGUGAUGGUGGCUGGGGACCUUGGAGUGAGUGGAGCGAAUGCUCGCGGACUUGUGGCGCAGGAGUUUCCACACAGUCGCGUGAAUGUAACAACCCAGAACCACUCAACAAUGGCAACUACUGCAUCGGUGACCGGAGUCGGUACAAAGUAUGCAACACAGAUCCGUGCCCUAUCAACGAGCCAACAUUUAGAGAGGUUCAGUGCUCUAAGUACAACAACAGGUUAUACACAAAUGAAACAAUUGAAUGGGUGCCCUACACUGAUCACGAUAAACCAUGUGACCUACAUUGCGUACCCCGUGAUGGUAGAGAAAUGGAAGUAAUUGGUGUAUUUGUAGCAGACGGAACUCCUUGCAGAUCUAGCCUGGGUUCAAGGGAUAUGUGUAUAUCUGGUGUAUGUUAUAAAGUCGGCUGUGACUGGGUGGUGAAUUCCGAAGUUGAAGAGGACGAAUGCGGUGUUUGCGGAGGUGAUGGAUCUGCCUGUAAGACUGUUCAAGGAAUCUAUAAUAAAGAUACCACUAGGCAAUCUGGAUUUAGUGAGGUUGCUGUUAUACCAGCUGGUUCCAGAAACGUAAAGAUUCAAGAAAAAGUUAGUCCAGGAAAUUAUAUUUCUAUAGGAAGUGCGAAAUCUAGGAAAAUUUACUUGAAUGGUGCACGAAACACUACGCUGACGGAGUAUUUCGUAGCUGGAGCCCAAGCGAUCUACGAGCGAGAUCGUGAUUGGGAAAAAGUUCGAAUAUCUGGACCUAUUGCUGAAGAUAUCAAAGUUUAUCAACGUAUCUUCCGCGGCAAACACCGGAACCCAGGCGUGACGUAUCAAUACACCGUCGACCAACCGAAACAGAAGCGGUUUAUGUAUCAACUCUCGGAGUGGUCUCCUUGCUCUGUCACCUGCGGAGUCGGACGUAUGCACCGACACCUCAUCUGCCUGGAUGAACACUACCGCCAAGUGGAGCUGUCGCAGUGCUACCACAUCGAGCCGCCGCGCCACGAGGCGCUGAUGCAGCAGUGCCGCCAGCCCGCCUGCGCGCACUGGUGGGCGGGGCCCUGGCGGCCCUGCCGGCCCUGCCGCGUGCCGGGCGAAGAAGCAACCAAAAUUCGCAGCGUACAUUGCGUUAACAAAAUUUCGAAUAACGUCGUAAAAGAUUCCGAAUGUGAUAUAGCGAUGAAACCUAUUAACGCAAUAAAAUGCGUCGACGUGCCAGCUUGCUGAACAAAUGGAUUUACUCGAACGAAUGGAAUACAAACAAAUGAAUUUGAACAAAACAUAAUCUCUCAGGAACGAGUAACUUAACUAUAUG